AUGGAUUGCCCCAACACGGAUAGCGAAGAGGAGCAUACCAUCCGCAUGGUCUGUACCGAGUCUAGCGAGGACAGCAAGUGUGACCACAUUCACCGUGGACAAGGCGCUCCUGGUACUAUUCUGCAAAUGCCUAAUCGCUGUGGCCCUGGUCGGUACGCCGUCGCGAAGGAGCUCAAGGAGUCCCAGAACCAGACCCUCCCCAGACAUCUGAACAAGCGUGACCUUGCUGGGAGAUCUGUCUACGACCUGACAUUUGACUAUAACUUCAAGCGCGUCCCUCGUGACUUCGGUGACGCCAUGAUGCGCAUUGACUAUAGUAACCAGCCUGGAUACUGGGACUCUGUUGUCGAUAGACCUGGUGGUAGUGAUGCCGAGCGCAAGAGCAAACGCGCAAAGCGAGAUGAAUCUGGCUUCCACAAGAACCGCAAACGCUGGCUCGAAGAGGAAUGGCGCGAUGCGUAUCACAAUAAUGGUAUGGAGCGCCAUGAGAUCCACAAACGUUGGUUCGGCGAGGAUAUUCUCAACUGGCUUGGUCAACUGAUCCUCGUUGGCGAGGCCAAGGCCACAAAGGAGCUUAACCAUAAAGUUAAUGAGAAGGUCGAGCUCAUCCUUAUAGAUCAGCAGUUUGGACCGUGUCCUGUUGGUCCGGCCCAGGCCCAAGCGAACAUUCGAUCCACCAUUACAGCUGAGAUUGACGUUGAGACCUCCUUCGGUAUCACUAUCAUCACCACCCUUACGCAGGGAAUGGAUCUCAGCAGAUCCUACCUCUACUUCCGAAACGCCGGAGAGGUCAGCGCCAGAUUUGAACUUGAUGCCGUCGCUUCCCUAACCUACUCUACCGGUGAUAUCAAGCUGCUCGGUCUCGACGACUUCCCCGGCGCCACUUUCCGCGUACCCGGAGUUGUCACAGUCGGCCCUAACCUCGCCGUCUAUGCCUCCGCAGAUGCCUCCCUUGUCUUAGCGGGCCACCUCGAGGCAGACGUUACCCUUGCAUCGUGGGAAAUCCAGCAGACGUACCCUCAAAGCGACAAACAUCCAGACAAAGCCCUCGACGAGCCCGACCGCGAAGCCAAAACCAUCGGCAAGCCCUCGUUUGAUGCCUCUGUCACUGCCAACGGCGAAAUCGCCUUGCAUCUCAAGCCCACUGUCAGCUUUGGAAUCGACUUCGAUGACCGCUGGAAGGUACCCCGGUGCGCCGUUGAUCUUGUCCUGGACGGCUAUGUGAUCGGACACGCGCAAGCCCACUACUCACUCAACGGCGACAAUAGCUGCCCCUUCAGCUAUGGCAUUGAUGCUGGCUCGACGAUGUAUGCCCAGCUGGACGCCCCUGAUGAGUUCGGUUGGGGUGAUGACCUCCGUGUCACACUUGCGGAGGUGCCCAGGAAGCAAAUCACGCCUUCGACUUGUGUGGGCAAGGGUGACAAAGAUAAGCGAGCUUUGAUGGGCUAUGAGGCUUUCAAUUCCUCUGCGGAAGAAUUUACCACGCGUAGUGGCGGGUUCAUGCGUAUGCCGGAGUAUCACGCGGUUUCCAAGCGCGACACACUUACUCUUGGGCCGUUGGUGACUGUCCCUGAUCGCUUCCUUAAUUGUCCUGGAGAAGGUGGUGGGAAGAACUUCUGCGUGCUGUGCUCAAUGUUCGGCGAGGAUAGCAGCGACAGUGAUAACUCCAAACGAGAGGUUCCGUCCCUGUUCCGCCGCGACGAAGAUGAUUCCUGUCCUUACUACCCGCCUGGAGAUGGCGGGAAGUGUUACGAUUCGGACUCCACGCUUUUUGAACGUGCGGACCCGCAGGAGACCAAAGUGAUGACACUGAGUUUCGUGAAUAAUAACGCGGCAUUUGGGUAUCUGAAGUAUCCCCGGUGUAAUGCGAAGAAUGAUGGUCCAUCGGGUGUGGCGAAAUGGUACCUUCCCGAGUUCAUGCUCUCUAGCUCAAAGAAUAUCAACGACAACCGACGGUGCUCGGCAAAGACAACAAAGGAGAAUACCGUCCAGUCAGCGAACAAUAAGUACCUCGUCGAUAAUAACGCGAAGCUACCCGCUUCGGACUUCCUCUCGGAGCACAUCUUCGAGGUACACCUAAUCAGUCAUUUCCUUGAGUGGGUGUGCAAUGGAAGGACAGAACUCACGUAUGGGCCAAGCGCCAAGAUUGAUUUCCCUAAGGGCCCCAAUGGUGGAAUGACUUGGUCGAGGAACAACGGUCCUAACAAGAACUGGGUCCAACAUACUGCCGACUUCCUAGGAAGUGGCGCCAACCUUGACCUGCUCGUUCUUUACCACAAAACGCCCAACGGAGUCAAACAGGUCAUCACCGAAGGAAAGAAGUCUGGUCUGCCCGCCAAUACGAAGGGUGUAGCGGACAGGGUCAUGAUGAGCGCCACCGUUUUCGACUACCUGCGAGAGCUCAGUGACAAAUGGACCAAGCCGAGCCAAAACGUCGAAUUGAUCUCCGACGAAUUCGACACGCAAUACACCCGCCAAUAUGUCAACACCAAACCGGCGGGCAAGGCGCUCGGAAUGCCUAAGGCCCCCCGUGAUGUCAAGCACUGGGGCUUACGUACCCUAUGGGCCUACUGGAUCGACAGGCACCUGGACAAGGUUGAACAGGUGCAGGCGGAUUGGCACAAGACUGCUAAGGGCAAGAUGGAAGGCUUAGGCGUGAAAGACGCAAACGCGAAGAAGUUUGCGGCCCAAACUAUGAUGACGGGCGAUGCAGCAGUUGGCAACUUCAAGUUCCCACAGAAAAACCCGGGUAAGCCACUUCCCGGUACUGCGACAAGUUCAUCAAAUGAUCAGAGUAAGUACGGAAUGUGGGGAGACAAUCAGCUAGGAAAGCUGGGCCUAUAG